AUGAACGCUGCUGCUCAACUCGUGUGCAAGAAGCGAAAAUUCGACCAUGAGUAUGAAAACAAGUCUCUUGAAGAGCUUCGAGUUGAAGAUUAUCUGGCCAAUCUUAAGAGUCCAGGACAAGGAGGUGGCCUCAUGACAGGGGCUUUUGGUCAGAACACAGCCUCGACAGGUCUCUUUGGCUCCACUGCCACCAACACUGGUGGUCUCUUUGGUCAGAAUUCUACCGAGACCAAACCACUUUUUGGAUCGUCCAAUACAGGGUUCGCUGCACCUAGCAGCAGUGGCGGUCUUUUUGGCAGCAGCACCAUAAUUCCAUCAUUCGGCCAGACGAGAGGAUCAUCAGCUGAAAGUUUUGCAUUCGGCCAAAACACUCAGCAGAACAAACCUGCCGCCUUGAGUGUUCAGACUAACGGGGGUGGCACGUGGGCACGGUGGGAGGCGGCAGUUUAUAGGCUGCUGUGGCCCGCCGUGUCCUCGGAACAUGGGGAAGGCUACCUCAUGACCCCGUCGGGGUAG